UGAAUCUGCAACUUCUGCUUGGUGGGGGAUGGAAAUUUUGAUACCCCACAAAGAUAAGCUCACCGAGACUCACCGAGCUCACCGACCGGGACAGAGCCAGGCAUCUUGGAAAAGCGUGGAUGGCAAUUUAUGUCAAACAUACUGCCUAUACACAUUUGAGAGCCUCUUGAAGUAAACAAAUUGCCUGAAUGAUGAGUAUCUGCGGAAAAUUGUGCUUGAAUACUGGAAUAGAAAGAACCUCGCACUACCGUGUUGGGUUAUUGGACGCUCUUGCACUUGUACCCCAUGAAUGUCUCAACUUCCCUUGUGCACCAGCAUCAUCUCAGUUUAUCAAUCUUUCACCUACGGCCGAACCUAAAAGUACGCAAGCUCAAUUUACGCGAUCCAAUCAUUCAAUAAGACCCCGUGGCCGUGAAUAUGCAAGUGUCUGUCUAGCGUUCGUUACUUGCCAACGUUCGACCGCCGUCUCCAGCAGACGCAUUAGCAAUGCUUCCCAUCACGACCUGUUUCGUUGCAGGACUGCAAUAUCUGAUACAUCCUUUAAAGCUUGGAACGAUUCAAGAAACCAUCAACCCUGAUGCUCUGAUUCCAAUCACGCUCCUGUCAACCGAGGAAAUCUUUGGCGAUCUCGAAGGAAUUCUACAGCUGUUCGAUUCAAUUGAUGAUGUAUUUGUUCCCGACUUUGGUUCCAUUCUUGUCGAGAAGAGCGGAGACAAUAGUAGUCAAGUCCAAGUCGACACGCGACAGAUCUAUCAUAUGGAUCAAAUCAAGGCUCUAGAUGGCUUUUCUGAGUUACCAUCCGGCCCCUACUUUCUCUACGGCCCGAACCUUUACCAAGCCUGGCGGCUGUAUGAUGAUGAAUUCGGAGCUUUCACUUCUGGUGUAAUACCUGAUGAUCUGAACCAACCAGACGAGUUCCAACCCCUGACUUCUUCGUCUAUUUACGGGGACUCAGUUACAGUCCCUGUGCCAUCAAGACUUUACCACCCUCAACCUUCUGCCAAGAAGCCUUUGUCUGGUGUCCGUGUUUCUAUAAGCGACACGAUAUCCUUGAAAGGAACCUAUACAACCUUUUCCAGUCGCGCAUGGAAAUCUCUUUACAGAAAUGCCUCGAGUUCUACAGCUAAGUAUGCACAGAGCCUGAUUGACCAAGGAGCCAUCAUCGUCGGAAAAACGAAGAUAUCGCAUCUUGGUGCAGGUGCAGAAUGGGUUGAUCAACAAGCUCCUUGGAGUGCAAGAGGUGAUGGGUAUUACCGGAUGGAGGGUGGUUCAGUUGGCGCUGCUGCUGCCUCGGCUGGGCACUCAUGGAUUGACUACAGCAUUGGUGUCGACGAUGGUAGAGUGAUGUCCGAGGGUGGUAUAUACUCUUUGAGUCAGCCUGAAAACCUAUCAGCGGACAUAUUUGCGGCAUCAAAGUUUGACAAAACUCGAAUCUUUAGUCGAAGCCUCAAGGGACUCCUCGAUUUCACGGCAAAUGCGAAGGCCGGGGCUUCUGAAGCUUCCUCCGCGAGGAUAAUCGUACCAGAUGACUUGUCGUCACCCGAAAAGUCACAGAAAACAGCCAUUGCGACUUUCGUGUCGAUUCUACAGGAUCUGUUGGACACGAAAGUUGAGUACAUCAAUGUGGGCAAGAUUUGGGAGAAAAGCCCCCCAUCUGAAGCGUCGAAUGAGGGAAUGCAAGCAUACAUGCAAAAGGCACCUUUCCUGUCAUGGUGUUAUGAUUACUACCAUUCCUUUGACACUUUUCGAGAUGAAUAUAAGCAAAAGUUCGACAAGAAGCCGUUCGUCGAGGCUACGCCGCAAUUCUUCUGGAACGAAUGCAAGUCGGUGACGGAGGAAGAAAACCGCCAAGAUACAGAACGUCUUGGAGUAUACCGAAAAUGGUUCCGUGAGAACAUCAUGCGCACUUCUACCCUCAAUGCCAAGGGAGACGCAGUCGUGAUCCUUCCAUGUGGAAAAUCCCAAGUUGAACAUCGGAACGAUCCUGUGGCUCCACCAACCAUCUACAAAGGCAUCGACUCUACAACACUGGCGCCGAUAUUGGGGGCUUCCCUGUUAUCGUUUCCAUUCACCCAGGUACCCUAUGAGUCUGACAUUUCUGGAAUGACAGAGUAUCAGCCAGUUUGCAUAUCGGUUCUCGUCCACGGAAAUGACAAAUGGGCCAUUCAAUUGAUCAAAAAGACUCUAGAGGCAGGGCAUCUUCCCACCAAGGUCGACGUCGGACGGUUCACGUUUCCAGUCAAGAAGUCGGAUCAUGGCAACAAUCAAGUACAAGCUCCCCUAUCGGGUCAGAAUGUGUCGGACGAGCUUAUGAGAUCUCCCCACACGAAAACAUGCAAUAAAUUUCCCCACGAUGUUCUGGUGGAUACGAGAUUGGGGCCCCGGAUGAUAGUUACCGGUAUUUGUGUAUCCCGGUACCGGCUUAUGCAGGCUCCCAUUUGGAUAUUACCAGCUUCUACACCGCGAGCUACAUCUCCUGCUCCUCAACUUCCCUUCAUUUCUCAAGGAUCUCUGUCAAUACGGUCAUCCAUGACAUCCUCAAAACCCCGGGUUCUUCAUAUUGGAGACCCUGUCAAAUACAAUCCUGAAACAUAUCUCCGUUUCAGCAUUCAGUGUGAGGUUAUCAGACCGCCAACUGAAGAGCGGCAACGGCCAGAGUUCAUCAAAGCCCUCAAAGAAAAGAGAUGGGGUGAUUUUGAUGCCAUAUUUCGACCAUUUUGGGGAACUGGAGGUGAAAUGGGAAAAUGGGACCAAGAGUUGAUUAGUCUGCUGCCACAGAGUGUCAAGGUGUUUGCAAGUGCAGGUGCUGGCUUUGACUGGGCUGAUACGAAGCUAUUGGGAGAACGAGGAAUCAUCUACUGCAAUUCUGGCCUCGCGGCUGCUGAAGCUGUGGCUGACUUUGCCAUUGUUGGGAUCAUUUCAACAUUCCGGGUUCUCCCAUGGUGCAUCUCAUCCGCCAUGUCCGGGGACGAGGAGGCCUUCAAGGAAAACCAUCGUGAUGCUACAAUGCAGUCGUACAACCUUCGGGAUCAGGCUCUAGGAAUCAUUGGAUUUGGCAACAUUGGCCAGCAAAUCGCUGCUCGUGCCCGACAUGGAUUUGGUAUGGACAUUCACUACUAUGAUGUGCUUCCCAAGCCUGCUGCUGUCGUUGCUCCUGUACGAGCUACUCACCAUGAGACGCUUGGGAGUCUACUUGGUCGAUGCGACUGCGUUGUUCUCUGCACACCAGCUGGUGAAGGCACUCUGAUCGACUCGAAGGCUCUGCCAUCCUUCAAACGUGGAUCGCGGUUUGUCAACAUUGCACGAGGAAGUCUUGUUGACGAAGAGGCACUGGUUGCAGCCCUCCGAGAUGGUACACUGUCAAGCGCGGCUCUUGAUGUUCACGCAAACGAGCCAAAGAUACAUCCUGAGCUGUUGGAGCUUGCUAAGCAGGGUCGUGUGUUGGUGACAUGCCAUAAUGCUGGUGGGACGGUCGACACCCACAAGGGUUUUGAAGAGCUGAGCAUGAGAAACAUCAUGGCUGUUCUCAGCGGCGGAGAGGCCAUUACUCCUGUGAAUCUAGAGUUUCUCAAGAAGUAGCACAAUGGACAGGCGUGAAUAGAGGAUAGAAGCAGGUAGCAUAGAAUCAUGAUAACGAUUACCU